GCCGGGUCGCGCUGCGCUAUCUGCUCGUCGGCGGCUCUGCGCUCUGCCGGCUGCUUGCGCUUCUUAGUCGCAGCCCAGUUGUUGCUGAUUCCUGGAAGGAUACAUCUACAUUUUUGUUUCAAGGAAAUUUGGAGAGACAAAAUGGCACAGAGCAACAACAAAGAGGGCCACGGUGUGGUGGGUGGUCAUUUUGAUCUUCCCGUCAAGAAGGCGAUUAAUUUUUCCCCUCCGCUGUACAGACAGCGUUACAGCUUCGUUAACGACCUAGUGAAUCAGCACAAACCCAAGAAGGUGGCAGACUUGGGGUGUGGCAAUGCUUCCCUCAUACAGAUGAUUAAAUCGCACAGUUGCCUGGAACUGAUUGUUGGAGUAGAUAUCAAUAAGGAUAAAAUAGGAUCGCAGAGGUGUAGGCUGUCUCCGUUCUCGGGGGAGUAUCUGAGCCCCCGGGAUCUGAAUUUGUCCAUCAUCUUGUACCACGGCUCUGCUGUGGAGAGAGAUUCUCGUCUGCUUGGGUUUGACUUGGUCACAUGUAUCGAGUUAAUAGAACACUUGGAUUCCGAGGACCUGGCCAGGUUUCCCGACGUCGUGUUUGGGUACCUGUCUCCGGCCAUGGUUGUCAUCAGCACGCCCAACUCGGACUUCAACCCCCUGUUCCCGGCAGUGACCUUGAGAGAUUCCGAUCACAAAUUUGAGUGGAACAGGAAGCAGUUUCAGACCUGGGCCUCAGGGGUGGCAGAUUUCUACAAUUACUCCGUGGAGUUCACAGGCGUGGGGGAGCCACCGGAAGGAGCUGGGAAUGUCGGCUACUGCACCCAGAUAGGGGUCUUCCGGAGAAUCGGAGCGCCGGCCACGGAAUCGUGCGUGGCAGAGCCGUGUGGCCAGCACGUUUAUAAGAUUGUUUAUUCCGUUUCAUAUCCGAGUUUACAGCAAAAGGAAAUCCGCAAACUCGCAUUAGCCAAUGAGGUGUCUCGCCAAGUCCAGAGCUUGAGGCAGAGAUACGUCUCCAGCCUGCGGAUACUGCGGCGCGGCGGUGGGGACGGCCACCGGGUCAGCGACACCGGGCUCGUCCCCUUCUCCGGACCGGUUUUCACAGAACUUGAAAAACGCAAAAUCGAGAAGUCUCCCGAACCGUUCCGCUUUGGGAAUAAGCUCUACGUCCCGCUGGAGAGGCUGCUCGCCUAUCCCAAGGUGAACCGCCUGUGCGACAGCGUAGACACGAUGAGAGCGCUCAUCGCCGACACAGUGAGGCUGAGCAGGGACGGGUCUGCGGUCAAGGUCGACCUGCGCGAUGCCAGUCCGUCCUGAGAGUUGGAGUCUCAGCCAAGGGAGGGCUCGCCGAGGACGCUCUGGUAUAGCCAUCAUCCCAGUAACGUAACUUUGAGAUGACUUGACACAUUGUUUUUUGAAUAGGCUUGUUUUGUUUGCCAGUGUUUGUAGAGAGUUCCUGAUAUGCUUGGUUUUGGUUGUUGUUGGCAUUAAAGAAUGUUAAAGGCA